GAGCGCUCGCCGCUGACGCAGAGGACGCGUUGUCGGUUUGCACGUGCACUCAAAGUCGCUUGCCUCUUGGCGUAUCCUCCACAUUCCGCUUUUCAUGCAAAGCUAAUGAACGGUUCUUGCCUGCUUUUUGGUGCACUGCGCGCCCAAUUGCGCCCAAAUACCAACACAUUCCGCCCGGUUCUCCGCUCGCUUUCCAGGUCGACAUUCCCUCUCCUUCGCUCGUCCAUACAUGUCCCUCUAAAGCAGAACCCGUCCCUAUUUACUCCAAUCCGACUAAUAUCGCUCUCUUCUAUCUUUUCCCCACGAAAAGUUACGCCUACACCACCGCCGAGUGUAGUAGCACAUAUCUCAACUUUGGAAGCAGAUGCCAACACACACCCGCAUGAUGUGAACAGACAAAUCGCCCUUUUUCAAGCGUUGUUGAAUACGAGUGUAAAGGCUGGCUAUGAUGUGAUCAUUUCCAGGUGGGAACGUAUGUGCGAAUUUGACCCAGAGAAUGCUCUUCUCCGAUCGGACGAAGCUUUCAAGCUGUAUUUGACUGCACUGGUUAACAACGGAUAUGAAGCAUCUAUAUCUUCCGCCGUCAGAAGGCGCGACUCUCUGUUCGCUGCGCCGGCUGCACUUGCCUCCAAGCCUUCGGAUUCUUCUUCGUCUUCUGCUCCUGGUUCAACGGACUCCAUUUCGUCUACUGAUGCUGCCUCUAUCGUAUCGACAUCACAAUCUUCCGGCGCUGCGCCCGAGUCGAUAUCUAGUGCUUCUCCUAGCCACCGAAUCGCUGACAUGGUUCUCUCUGGACAAACGACAACACCGAUCAGACCAGCCGCAAAUCUAAGUCCGGACAUGGCUAAGCUGGCCGCUGCUCUCAAUUCUGGCGCGGGAACUUCGAAUGAGCCGAUAACGGUUUCUAUCAGUGAAACUAGAGCUUCAUGGAUUCCGGGAACUAUUCGGUUUAUUGUAUUGUCUGUCAUCGGUGCAUUCUUCGUUUUGGUCGUAUUUACGGUCCUUCUCGAAAACUCGGGACUUGUCAAAACGGGAGCCCUGCAGUCCGAAUUUAUUCCGGUGGAGGGCACGUCAUACAAGUUCAGCGACGUUCACGGAGUAGAUGAGGCUAAAGAAGAAUUACAAGAGGUCAUCGAAUUCUUGAGAGACCCAGCCUCGUUUGCGACACUUGGAGGCAAACUUCCAAAAGGUAUUCUGCUCACUGGUCCUCCCGGAACUGGCAAGACCCUGCUGGCACGUGCAGUCGCUGGAGAAGCUGGUGUUCCGUUUUUCCACACCUCUGGCGCGGAUUUUGAUGAAAUGUUUGUUGGCGUUGGUGCUAAACGUGUCCGGGAGCUAUUCGCCGCCGCGCGAAAGAAAUCGCCUGCUAUUAUUUUCAUAGACGAACUUGAUGCCAUAGGUGGAAAGAGAUCCAACCGCGACCAGCAUUACCUAAAACAAACUUUGAACCAACUCUUGGUGGAAAUGGAUGGAUUCCUCCAAACGGAAGGCGUCAUUGUUAUCGCAGCGACUAACUUCCCCGAUUCCUUGGACCCGGCUCUAGUUCGUCCAGGGCGUUUCGAUAGACAUAUCGCGGUUCCCCUACCCGAUGUCCGCGGUCGGGUACAAAUCCUGAAGCACCACAUGAAGGAUGUCACGACCGCCCCUGAGGUAGACCCUAAGGUCCUUGCGCGAGGCACGCCAGGGUUCUCUGGCGCCGAUCUCCAAAACAUGGUCAAUCAGGCGGCUGUUCAAGCUGCGAAGGAACAUGCUUCCGCAGUGACAUUAAAGCACUUCGAAUGGGCAAAGGAUCGCAUUGUAAUGGGCAGUGAAAGGAAGAGUUCAUUCAUCAGCGACGAGGUCAAGAAGAUGACCGCCUAUCACGAGGGUGGGCAUGCACUAGCAGCUCUCUAUACCGACGGCGCUAUGCCGUUGCAUAAGGUUACUUGCGUGCCUCGUGGACAUGCUUUGGGUAUUACUAGUCAACUUCCAGAGGAUGACCGUUACUCUGUAUCAAUGAAGGAAUAUCUCGCGGAGAUAGAUGUAUGUAUGGGCGGUCGUGUAGCUGAAGAAUUGAUCUAUGGCACCGAUAAUGUCACAAGCGGUUGCUCUUCUGACAUUAGGAAGGCUACAGCAGUCGCCAGGGCUAUGGUCAAGCAAUGGGGCUUCUCGGACAAAGUUGGACCAGUAUUUUUCAAUGAUCGGGAUGCGACCAUCCCACCACAAAAACUGGAAGAGAUUGAGACAGAAGUUCGAAAUCUACUGAUUGCGGGAGAGACACGAGUGUCAAAGCUUCUCAAGAUGAAGGAACAAGAGCUGCACCGGUUGGCAAGUGCGCUAGUUGAAUACGAGACGCUCGAUGCGGAAGAGGUCAAGAGGGUUAUUCAAGGAGAGCCAAUACGGAAUAUAGCGGAAGUUUUGCAAGAAGCAGUUGAGACUGAGGUGGAAGUGCAUGGGGAGGCACAUGUGGAGGCACACGCAUAGCACUAGUUCGGGAAGCUUGCAAGAGAGGGAGAACGUCAUAUCUGUGGAAUUGUUUUCGUCGCUUACCAUUGUAGAUUUGCUAUAAUAUAAAUCAUCGCUCAGGGUCGACAACUGAACUCCGUCUACAUCUC